AUGAUGAAGAAGAACCAAACUGUCAUCUCACAGUUCCUUCUUCUGGGCCUGUCUAUCCAGUCAGAGCAGUGAAACCUGUUUUAUUCCCUGUUCCUAACCAUAAAUCUUAUCACUGUCCUGGUGAACCUCCUCUUUAUCAUCCUCAUUCAUCUGGACUCCUGUCUCCACACACCCAUGUAUUUGUUUCUUAGUAACUUGUCCUUCUCUGUCUUCUGCUUUUCCUCUGUCACAAUACCCAAAUUACUCCAAAACAUGCAGAGCCACGUCCCAUCCAUCCACUAUGCAGGUUGCCUGGCCCAGAUGUAUUUUUAUGUGAUUUUUGGCAUUCUGGAAAGCUCACUCCUUGUGGUCAUGGCCCAUGACUGCUACCUAGCCAGCUGUGUCCUCCUGCACUACAGCACCAUCAUGAGCCCCAAAGUUUGUCUUUCUCUGUUGGUGCUGUCCUGGGUGCUGACUGCUGCCCAUGCCAUGUUGCACAUCCUGCUCAUGGCCAGGCCGUCCUGUUCUGUCAAGGUGAUUCCUCACUUUUUCUGUGAUACAUUUAGUAUGUUGAAACUGGCCUGCUUUGACACUUGGGUCAAUAGGUUGGUGAUAGUUUUCAUGGGGGAGCUCAUCCUCAUCAUCCCAUUCCUGCUCAUCACCAUGUCCUAUGCAAGAAUUGUCUCCACCAUCUUUAAGGUCCCUUCUACAGGGGGCAUCCAGAAGACUUUCUCCACCUGUAGCUCCCACCUCUCUGUAGUGUCUCUCUUUUAUGGGACGAUUAUUGGCCUCUACUUAUGCCCAUUCACAAAUCAUAAAACUCUGAAGGAGACUGUCAUGGCUAUGAUGUACACUGUGGUGACACCCAUGUUGAACCCCUUCAUCUACAGCCUAAGGAACAGAGACAUAACAAGAGCCCUGGAACAAUCUUUAAAAAAAAAAGAAAAUUCAUUUCUCUCUAACGUACUAAUUGGAACUUUACCAUUAUUCAUCAUAGAUAUAGUAAUGUUUAUAAGGGAAUGUCACUCUAAAUCAGUGGCUUAA